AUGGCCGAAUCACAGUAUGUCAUCCUCGAAGGUCUACCGACACCGCAAACGUAUCACGAUCUCCGAAAGCUCGCUGGGAUGACACCCCCACCCAUGGAAGCCGUACCCAAGUCACUCGCCAACUCCUUCUGCUGCAUCGUCGGGUAUGAGCGCAAACACAUGCUUGACGACAAGACUCCGGCGCCGGGGCAGGAAGCCAUCGCAAUGGGUCGUUUGGUCGGCGACGGGUCGCUAUUCCUCAUCCUGGUGGACGUGGCGGUGCACCCAGAUCACCAACGCAAAGGACUGGGAAAGCGCGUCAUGCAGAAGCUUGUGGACUACGUGGAUGAGCACGCACCGUCGGCAUAUGUGAGCCUUGUAGCUGAAGAGAUGGCACAGAAACUCUACCCAAUGUAUGGCUUCAAAGAUGUGGCGCCUAGUAUUGGCAUCGAAUUGCUCCAACUCAUCGUUGCCUACCUCGACACUCCUACGCUCAAACAGGUCGCUCAAGUUUCCCAGACAUUCCAUCAACAUGCCACGGAUUUAUUGUGGCGUCAUGUCUGCUUGGUCGACCAGUGGAAGCUGCAUUUGAACGAAGAGACAGACAAGGUAUGGGGCGAACGCGGUCGUGGUGAGCCAGAUGAGCACGACGACACACCCAUCAUUCAGAAACUGUUUAUACUUGCGACCGAACUCCCACGAAUGCGCUUCGACGCCGAUAAUCUCUCACAAGACGAUCGACUACAUAUACUCCUCAAGCUCUCCAUACGGAACCUGAUCAACGUGCAUACGCUGCGAAUUGUAUAUGGGCACUACAAGCUGACGAAUGCACUCGUCACUGGCUUCCUUGAUCAAGGUCGACCACGACGUGUACCUCUUCGUAAGCUCUGGCUUGAGAGCUGCAGCUUCAACAAGACUGAGCUAUGCCGGCUCCUACCAAACAAAGCUACUGGGCUCGAGAGCAUUCGGCUGCGCAGGCUUGGAAAGGACAUGUCAGAUCAAACACAAUGUCCGGGGCUACAGUUUUCCGAGUUCAAGCUUUCCCGUGGCGGACAAUACUACCAGAUGCAUAAUGGCGCAGGAGGAUUUGUUGGAACUACUAUCCACUUCUCUCACGAAGGUCUGCCAGAACGCUGGCCGCGGUCUUCAACAGAAGAGUUAACGGAAAAGGCCAGAGCAUACGAUGCUAUCAUGUGGGAGGAACUUCCUGAGAUUAGAGACUACAUCGAUGAGAAUCCGGUGCAUUCCGAGCCUACAUCACUUGGACAGUUCGUGCCUGACUCAAAGCCCCCAAUGGAAUGGCUAAUCGCGUGCUCCGCAUCCAAUCUCACCAGUCUCAACCUGGAUUGGAUACACUGGCGUCGAAGAGAAACAGAACUCGCUGGUUCCACCACUGACUCUGAAUUAUUUCUCUCUGCACUAAGCAGGCUGCGUUUCCCGCACUUGCGCGCAUUCCAGAUUCGCAAUGCUGUUUUACCACCCACAGUACUCCCAAAGGACGUUUAUCUAAUGGAAGGACCUUUUCUGGAUUUCGUCGAGGCGCAUCCGAAGAUACAGUGCCUCGGGUGGCCGAUGGACAAAAUGUACAGCCACACCAAGCCAACUCUUGACAUACAAAAUCGAUCUCGAGCUCUGGUCGCCCAUUUAGCAACAACGCUCACGGACCUUCGCAUCGAUACGCAAUAUGCAGGGCCCGGGGAACCUUUCACGGCGAUAUGCAGGACGGCAGAGGAUAUGCAGGAACGUACCCGGCGGCGAAGAUUCAUCGACGAAUUCGUGCCUCACAUGCGGAAAGUCGAGCAGAUCAAGUUAGAAGGCGGUAUACCACGCGACGAGAAGCGCGAACUACUCCGAGCAUUACACUGGUGUCCGCUGAAGAAGAUAGUCAUGAUUGGCGUUUCUUUCCCAGCAGGGAAUACAUGGGGGGCUGGCGGACAGCAACUCAGCGCCAUCGACCCAGGGCAAUCCGGCUCAGAGUUCAUCUACAACCUUGAAGACGAAGACCUUUCGGGCAUCUUAGCCGCAUAUCGUCGCGGGUUCCCCAUGCCUGUGGACUUCACCUUCGAACCGAGCUACGGUUGGCCACCCCAGGCGCCCCUUCUUCAGACCGUCGCCCUGCACCACGCGUCUACGGUUGAAGAGCUCAAGAUCUGUGGCUACAACGGCUGCCCAAUUCUCUCUUACACAACACCCAUCACCAACCCUCUUCUCACCGGUCUCCGCUCCUUCGACAACCUCAAACAACUCGUCAUCUCAUUCUGGCUGAUGACUUGGUAUGAAGACUCGUACCGCGACACGGAGAUCAUCCAGUCUUGGAUUGAUACACGCUCCCCUUCUUCGACAGCACUCACCAUCGUGACGCCCCCGGCAUCGCCAACCCAUGAUCAACCCGUCGACCCAGGUCAGUUUCCCAACUUUGGUAAUCCACGCGUUGUGCCACGGGCUCAGAACUUCAAUCGGUGGGCUGUGGAGCUCAGGACCAAGUUCACACCCUCUGCACUCGCAUAUCGUGUUGCGCGGGACAUUGGGCCGUUCCUGAGUGAUGUGGCUAAAGAGAGGAAGGGCGGUGUAGGUGUGAGGGCAAGCUUUUGCCUGGGUGUGAAGGAAGAGAGGAGAACUGCGAGCGACAUGUUUGAUUUGGACAUCAGGAUCGGGAGAGGCAACCAGGUGUUGGAGUUUGUAGGCCCUAGAGAGGAAGGUGAGAAGGGGCGGUGGUGGACGAAGAUCGAGCAGAGGAGGUGGUUUUGA